AUGUCGACUGUCAACACGGCUCCUACGGGCGUUUUUGACCUUCAGAGACCCGGUUCCUACCUACAACCUCGUGGGGGAGGCCCCCAGUACGCGAUAGACUACGAUACUGCCACGGACAGCGAAGCCUCUGUGGCUCAAUCUCAUGCACAAGAUGACCAGGAUGAGGACGCACAUGAAAAUGAGGAUGAGGACGUUGAUGAUUCGGUGAAAGAUGAUAUGAAGAAGCUUGAGGAUACAUUUCCAGGAAUUUCGGAUAGGUUCCGGCUCGUGAACAGGAUUGGAGAAGUAGGGACCUUCUCAACCGUUUACAAAGCUGAGGAUCUUUUAUAUGACCACUACCAGAAUGACUGGGAUAUAUUUCAAGACCAAAACGAAAAUUGGGCAAGUCCUCCGCCUAAAAGACGCCGGCUGGAAGGAGAGGGUGGCCGUUCAUUGCCCACGAAGCGAAGAAAAGCUCGAUACGUCGCAUUAAAGAAGAUUUACGUGACAAGCAGUCCGCUUCGCAUUCAAAAUGAGCUUGAAUUACUGCAUGACCUCCGAGGGUGCAGAUCAGUGUGUCCGUUAAUCACUGCUUUCAGGCAUCAAGAUCAAGUCGUCGCAGUCUUGCCCUUUUUCCCUCACACCGACUUUCGCAUACAGUAUCGUACAUUCUUGGUCGCAGACAUGCGGCAUUAUUUUCGAUCUCUUUUUACGGCAUUGCACUCGGUUCAUAAACAUGACAUUCUCCAUCGAGAUAUCAAACCAACUAAUUUCUUGUACAACCCCGAGCUUCGAGAGGGUGUUUUGGUAGAUUUUGGUCUCGCAGAACGUGAGGGGUCGGAGUAUACGGGCACUUGCCUUUGUGCCAAUCCAUCUUAUGUUCGUCGUAACCGAGUAAUGCAAAGUUAUUACAACACACACUGCAAUAGCACGGUGUUGUCGGCGGGCUACCCUAAAAAUGAUUCGAGACCAUCAAGGCGCGCUAACCGGGCAGGGACUCGUGGGUUUCGAGCACCAGAGGUCCUUUUCAAAUGUACAUCCCAAACAACCAAGAUCGAUAUGUGGUCAACAGGUGUUAUCCUUUUGACCCUGCUUGGGCGUCGAUUUCCAUUCUUCAACUCUGCCGAUGACGUCGAUGCGAUGAUUGAAAUGGCCAGCAUAUUUGGCACCCGUCGCAUGAAGUCAGCAGCUGCCAUGCAUGGCCAAAUAUUCGAAACCAACAUACCGACUAUUGGUGAAAAGGGGUACGGCUGGGAGAAGCUGGUCAAGUGGGCCAGCUGUGUGGAGGAGUUGACAGAAAGCGAAAAACAAGCUACUCAACUGUUGGCUGGCCUGAUGGAACUGGAUCCAUACAAGCGACUGAGUGCCAAAGAUGCUCUGCAACACGAAUUCUUCACCGAUCCUAUUGACCAUGAUGUGGAAUGGGGAGGGAAUCCUGAGGAUAGCCCAGACACAGGGGAUGAGGACGAGGGUGAUGAAGAUGAUGAGGCAGACGAAGUCGCCAUGCUAUAG